CACUCUGAAAUCAGGAUGAACUUCUGCACUUCUCUUAUCGUAUUUGUGGCAGUUCUGAGUAUUGCUGAGGGAAUGAGUUUGAGGGGCGUAGGAGCUGACCCUCGCUGUCGCUGCAUUGAGACUGAGAGCAGGUUUAUGGGCAAACUCAUUAAGAAAGUGGAGCUGUUCCCUCCAAACCCACACUGUAAAGACACAGAGAUCAUUGCCACUCUGAAACACAGGGGUGACAAGAUUUGUCUGGACAGCAAUGCCCCCUGGGUGAAGAAGGUCAUUGAUAAGAUCCUUGCCAACAAGAAGCCUUGAACUCAUGCCAGACAGCUGGAAAGAUCACAUCAGGUGUCCUGCCAAAAAACUGUGACCUCGCUCUGGAGCGUAA